CUGGGUUGGAAGGUUUUUAAAGAACAGCAUUGAGAUGGAUGUCAAACCAUGGCUACUUUGAGCACUGAAAGGCAAAACGCAAGAGGAUUUUAAAGAAGCAGUCAGAGGGAAGUCAAACCAUGGCUACUUUGAGCACUGAAAAACCAAACCAAACAGUUGUGUUGGACUUCCUCACCGACCUUGGACUGAGGAAAUACUAUCCCAACAAACUCACUCUCCUGUCUUUUUUGGAAGUCAACAAAAGCAGCAUCAACAAAAAAGAUGUCAAUUCAGUUGAUGAAAUUCCAUUCGAUUUCCUCAGAAAACUGUUCAAAAUCGAUGCUGAGUGCAGGAACUGUACACAGACAUGCGAUCAGGAAGAAACCGAAGACAGCUUUGACAUAGAUGACAUUUUCACAGACACAGGAAACGCCGUUCAUCCUCUUGAUCUGAUUGUAGGUCUUUUCCUUUGUGCUGAUAGCUUCUUGCAACAGGAAAUGGCUCUAAAGAUGUCAUUAUGCCAGUUUUCUGUCCCACUGUUGUUGCCCCACUGUAACAACAAUCAAUCUACUCUGAUGUUAUGGACACUGAGAGAAAUUGUAAAAGAAUGGUGUCCACAUGAUUUGUGUUUUACAAAAGGAUUUGUGGAGAACAACAUUGUGCAAGCAUCCAUGCCAUUUUUUUCCUUUGUGAGGCUGAAAAACUGUAGUUUAUCCAAAUCUCAGUUCUUGAAUCAAAUCCUCAGCCACGGCCAACAGAAUCAUAGCAUGUUCAUACACAGAGACAUGGAAGGAGGUGAACGGACAAGAAAAAUUGCAAAUACUUUGGUGGAGGUUGGCUGGUUCCUUCCUUGUGGGAAAGAAAAUAUUGACGUAUUUCCAGAGCCGAUUGCGUUCGCAAAUUUGCGAGGUGAUAUUUCUGAGUCCCUAACACAGUUUAGCUUCCUUUAUGAAGUGUCCAAUGCAAUAUUUGUCUUCUUGGACAAAGUUGAAGAAAAGGAGCACCAAAUUUUGACAAAACUUCAAGAUGGAAAAUGUAAACUCUAUUGUGUGGUUCAUCGCAGAGACAAUGCCUUGGAGGACUUGGCCUCUGUCAAGAAUACAGUGCAAGAACUGGCUUUACCAAACAGCAACAUUAAAAUCAAAGACUCCAGGGUGAAUAUAGCAGAGUUUUCUCAGACACUUUGUGAAACCAUCAAGAACUCGCUGCUUGAUGUGAAAAAAACAAUGAGUAUUGAAAAUAUGAGCGCAAAAGCAAUCGAGCUGGGACUGUCAGUGGAUGUAAAUAUAACUCUUAACCAGAAAGGAACUGCUGAAGAUAUAAUGACGGGGAUUGGUGUACGAAGUAUACCACAUUACAAAAAACAAAAACUUCCUUUGCAGGGAGAAAACUGGAAGAAGUUAUCGAAACUGGAGAUGAGGGAAUGCAGAAUAAAAAAUGCUGGCACAGUGGGUGGUGAGCAUUACAAAGCUCAGCUACAAGGGGAGAAACAAGAGAUUUGGAAAGAACAACAACAAAUAAAACGGCCAAAAGGAAUGCAAGAUUUUAUUGACACCUUAGCAACAAGCGACAAAGAAAGAAGACAGUACUUCUUGAAGUGGAUGAAAUUCAUAUUCAAUACCCACUCUCGUGAUACGCUUACUGCCCUGCGUAAAAAAUUCAAAGAGCUUCGCAAAAGUAAGGAUGCCAAACUCAUUGAAGAGAUUGAUCAAGAAUUAUUGGACAGCUCUUUAGGAGUUGAGCAUUACAUGAGAGAAAUGGGAUUAAACUAUGAAGUUUCCAUGCAGUCAGAUGAUGAUGCAGAUGAAUUGUCUUAUUUGCCUUCUGUAGCUGCUGAAAUGCUGCGAGAUGGAUAUCCAUUGGAGUUUUUGGAUGGAGAUGCUUCAAAUAUCCCAGAGAAGUGGGUGACCGCUGUGUUAAUGGAGCUUCACAAGAAAGUCGGUGGCAAAAGCAGGCUGCUAGCAAUAGCUGUGUUGGGUGUUCAAAGUUCUGGAAAAUCAACACUUCUCAACACCAUGUUUGGUGUUCAGUUUCCUGUCAGCAGUGGCAGAUGCACAAGAGGCGCCUACAUGCUAUUCCUCAAAGUUGGAGAUGAUACCAAAGAGAAAUUGGGUUGUGACUUCAUCCUCCUCAUUGAUACUGAAGGUCUGAAAUCCCCUGAUCUUGCACAAAUAGCAGAUAGUUAUGAGCACGACAACCAGCUGGCAACCUUUGUCAUAGGAUUAAGUGAUGUCACCAUUAUAAACGUUGCAAUGGAGAAUGCAACGGACAUGAAAGACGUCCUGCAAAUUGCUGUCCAUGCUUUCAUGCGAAUGAAACAAGUUGGGAAAAAAACGGUUUGUCACUUUGUGCACCAAAAUGUUGCUGGAGUGUCUGCUCAUGCCAAGAACUUGACGGAGAGACACCAUCUACUGGAUCAACUCAAUGAAAUGACAAAAAUUGCGUCUGAAAUGGAGAAACAGCCAACGAUUCAAGCAUUUACGGAUGUGCUCGACUAUGACAUAGAAAACAGCAACUGGAAUAUCCCAGGACUUUGGCAUGGAACGCCUCCAAUGGCACCAGUAAACACCGGUUACAGUGAGGCUGUAGCAGACUUCAAGACAAAUCUUCUGGAGACCUUGGGAAAAGAAAAGCGAAAUGACGUUAAAAACAUCCCAGACUUUCUUGAAUGGAUGAGUAGUCUGUGGAAAUCAGUCAAAUAUGAGAAUUUCAUCUUUAGUUUCAGAAACACACUAGUGGCCCAUGCUUAUGACAACUUGUGCAAAGAGUUUGGUGAGUGGGAAUGGCAGAUGCGAAAAGAAAUCCUCUCCUGGCAGAAAGAAGCAGAGUUGGAAAUCUUAAAUGCUAACAAAGAAGAAAAUUUGCACACAUUGAUCAAGAUAAAGAAAUUAGAAUUAUCUGAGGAAAUUAAAAAACAGGAAGGCAAAUUAAUUGAGAAGCUCACCAACUAUUACAGAAGGACAGACAGACAUGUUAAUUUGAUAGAGAAAUACAAAACCGACUUUGAAAGUUCUAGCAGCAGUCUGUCAAAUGAGAUUCAAUAUUCAGUGAAUACUGAAUUGGACAGAGCUUUUGAGCGCAAAAUCGGCUUGCUAAAGGCGCAGGAUAUACAAGAGAAGUAUCGCAGUGUGAUUGAAGAGAGAGUCAUAAAACUUCUGCAUGACUUCAAAGACUUGCGCAUGUCUGAUGACCAACUGAGAGAGGAGUUUGAGAAAAUGUGGAAUGCAGCUACUGCCAAUGUUUCCACACUGAAAGAACAAGAUAUACCUGCAAAGGUUCUCAUCCAACUGAAGAACAAUUUCUCAAAUCGCAAAGGGAAUGAAAACUUAGGACAUGUUAAAAGCCUCGAGGAUUUAGGAAAGGGACCAUUUGAGAUAAGAGGUUACCAUGUUGACUCUUUAAUUAAGACAUUUCAAUUCAUGUGCACCGGAGACUUAACGCAUUUUGCUAACAAUGUAAUUGAUAUAUCUGUCCAGUUUGCUUUGGACAAAUGUACCUCUGAUGGUGAUUACCAUGAUUCCUUCACAAGGGAUCUGCUGCAGAGGAUUGACGAGUUGCUCAAUGAAAGUUACAAGCGUCAUCGUACCAACACUCAGUUUGAGAUUGACCUCAAACUUCACAUUUGUGGCAUUGCUGCUUGAGAAUUCCUGCAAAUGCACAAGAGAUUUGUGUCAAAGAAUGACCCCCAAACACAGCUGGAAAUGUGUAAGCAACAAUACUUGUCCGACUUUCUGGAUUUAUACAAGGAAACCGAUCAUUGCCAACGCAAAGCAAACGAUUUUGCCCAGCUUUGCAUCAAGCCAGCCAUUAUGGAUUGCAUCAACAGAUCUUUGGGAAUUGACAUUGUGGACAACAUUUUGGCAAGCAGCAAUUCAAUAAUGUACAGUUCGCGGUCCUAUUUCCAAUACAACAUUCUAAAAGAGUUGUUGCUGAAAGAUGAUUUCAAGAGUUUUGUCAAGUACAUUUUGUCCUAUGAAACAUAUGUUAAGGAUCAGAUUCUUCUUCAGAUCUGUCAAAAAAUGGACAAGGACAAGACGUUGUUUAAAUUAAAGAAGGAGAAAUUGGAGGCUUUAGUUUCCAAAAUAAAACAGGCAAUGAACCAGGCGUCAAUCACGGUAUUAGACGACGUUGCAGGGGUGACGAUGCUCGUCAGUGAAAUGCGCAAAUAUCUGAUUAAAGACAUCGUCAUGUCAGAGGAGGCACAAAAGGCCUGUCUGUUUCAGAUCAAAAGCUCAUGUCAGUCGUUUACAGAUAGCUUCAUUGUGUCCUUGAAUAAAUUACAAGACGAACUCCUUGUUGAAUUUUCCAACACUGAAGACAUGAAUGAAAUUUUAAAUAAACUUGACAUAAAACCACAGAACGAGCUAUUCAAGAGAAUAUUUGGAUGUGGACAGCAGUGUCCAUUUUGUAAAGUCCCGUGCGAAGCAGGGGGCAAAGAACACAAGAAACAUCACGCAGCGGUACAUCGACCACAGGGCCUUGGACAAUGCAGAAAUGACAUCACUGAAGAUCUAGUUGAAACGAUAUGUACAACUGAUGUGCAGAGUGAUGUUAAAUUUUUAGUCCCUGGAACACAAAACAAAUGGAUUGCUUACAGUGACUACAACACCCUAUUUCCUGAUUGGCACAUAGCCCCAGACCUUACAAUGGAAUCAUCUGAUUACUGGAAGUAUGUGCUAGUACGUUACAAUAAGAAGUUUGCUGCAGAAUAUAAGGCCAAGCCAGCAAAAGUUCCAGGGGCCUGGAACAGAAUCACAAAAAAGCACGCGCUAAAGGGUCUCCAGGAUGCUUUCAGCAUUAAAGAAUGAAAAAUGAUGUGUAAUGGUAUCCGAGGAAAAGGGAUUUGCUAUAUACCCAGAUGAAAUAGAGACAAAAUAGUUUAUUAAUGCUGUAUAUACAGUACAUGUAUAAAAGAUGACGUUUUUUCCUGCCUGUUUUGUUUUAUACUUGGAUCUGUCUGAUUUCACGAUGAGUCGAUCAAAUGAGGAGUCAAUACAAUAAAACAAAUGGAUUGCACAAACACGCAAUAAAUUAAUUUUGAAACAUUUUCAAAUCUGUGAAAUAAUGCCACAUGAUGCCACAGUAUGAAAGCAUAAUUGCAUUUGAGGUGCGGAGAGGGUCCUAAUUGUGAAUGAUUCAAAUGAGAAAACUGCAAGAUAAUAAAUGCAUUUUAAAAAUGAUUCUGUUUCAUACCUCACACCAAGCACUAUAGUUUGAGAUGUUUCACAUACAGUGGGGCAAAUAAAUAUUUAGUCAACCACCAAUUGUGCAAGUUCUCCUACUUGAAAAGAUUAGAGAGGCCUGUAAUUGUCAACAUGGGUAAACCUCAACCAUGAGAGACAGAAUGUGAAAAAAAAAAACUGAAAAUCACAUUGUUUGAUUUUUAAAGAAUUUAUUUGCAAAUCAUGGUGGAAAAUAAGUAUUUGGUCCAUACCAAAAGUUCAUCUCAAUACUUUGUUAUCUACCCUUUGUUGGCAAUAACGGAGGCAAAACAUUUUCUGUACCUCUUCACAAGCUUUUCACCCACUGUUGUUGGUAUUUUGGCCCAUUCCUCCAUGCAGAUCUCCUCUAGAGCAGUAAUGUUUUGGGGCAUCUUGUUAUGUUAUGUUAUUUUGUAGAAGGAAAACGUUAUUCAGAUGUUUGGAAUGUCACAAAAGCAAAAAAUAGAUGUGUUAGUUAUGUUUGAAAUGUAUGCUUUCAUAAAAAGCUCAAUUUCUCUGUUUUUUCAACAGUCAUUUGGAAAAUUGCUCAAACUAGGCUAUUCUCCAAUGCUGAUUUCUAAAGAAGAAUGGAAAAACAUAUUAACUAACUUUUUUUUUCCUGCUGAAAGAAGAGAGUCUAAUCUUUCUUCUGGUGGGUUCCAUGUUUAUGUAGCAAUGGAACAGAAUUUACUGUGGGCCUUGCAAAACCAGUCAAAAUCCAGUAAAACGGCCGGGAGCCCGCCCUGCAAAAGCCUUCAAAAAGACUGAAUGUUUUAACUAAUCGUGGUCAUUGUUUCUCAGGAAUCAUUUGUUGACUUGUGAUAUGGCGACCCUGGAA